UGUGAAACGCAUCCACCAAUGUGGAUACUUGAAAUCGAGUCUCCCACUAUCAUUUUUGACUUCCGGAGCCUCAGGGAACUGCGCGGCAUUCCUUGCAGAUGAUACAGAGGAGGAUAGAUUUUGGCCUUUCAGCCAAGCACUAUCACUUUCCCAGCAAUUAUGUGUCCACGACUCGCUACAAGCUCUGGACAAUCGUACCAUUGAAUCUCUUUGAGCAGUUUCACCGAUUUGCGAACAUUUGGUUUUUGAUUGUGUCUACUUUGCAGAUGUUGCCAUUCAAGAUCUCGCCAACUACAUCUUGGGCUACAUUGGUGCCAUUGGUGGGCGUUCUUUUUGUGACAUUUUGUAAAGAUGCCUAUGAAGACCUGAAAAGAUGGCGAGAUGACUGUCGUGUGAACAAUCAAACCUGCAAGGUUUCUGAGACCUCUGAGGAAAGUACGUUCAAAACAGUCAGGUGGUCGGAAGUGCAAGUUGGUAGCUUCUUGAAGUUACAGCGCGACCAGCCUGUGCCUGCUGAUUUGUUGCUUUUAUUCUCAAGUGCCGGCGGCGGUGCGUUUGUAGACACUGCCCAGCUGGAUGGGGAAUCUGCCUUGAAGCCCAAGCAGGUGGUCGACGAGACUCAGCACAUGAUCAGCCAUAAUAGUGGAGUGGAGGGGCACCUUGAAGCUGAUUUGCCUAACGAGCUGGUGACGAAGUUUGAUGGAUGCUUGUACCUGAAGGGUUAUCCACGGGGAACUCCCGUGCAUCUCAAAAACUUGCUGUUGCGCGGCUCAACUGUACGGAACACCGCCUACGUCAUUGGCUUGGUGGUAUACACAGGUUCAGAUACGAAAAUGGUCAGAAACUCCUCCAGAUCCUUGACUUCCAAAAGGUCUCAAGUAGAAUUAUUGUCCAACAAGCUUUUGGCAAUCAUUUUCCUGCUGCUUUUUCUGAUUUCCAUCGGUUCAGCUAUAGCACGGGCCUGCUUCAUCGCAGAUGAGAAGGGCUUCGCAAACCUUUCCUGGGUUUGGCCUCUUACUGGUGGAAAUGGCUUGCAAGACAACCGGUACAUGGCAAUCCUGACUUUUCUCAUUGGAUACAACAAUUUAAUUCCCAUCAGCCUCUACAUGACCACGGACUUGGUUCGUGCGAUGCAAGCCUGUGUCAUGGAGUUAGACGAAAGCAUGUAUGACAGAGAGGCUGAUGUAGCUUGCAAGGUUCGAAGCUCAGGAUUGUGCGAGGACUUAGGGCAAGUUGACUUUGUGCUCUCAGACAAGACGGGCACCCUGACUCAAAACAAGAUGUGCUUCAAAGCUUGCUAUGUCGAUGGUCAAGUCUAUGGCUAUUGGACAGAAGUCCCAAGGGAUUCUGAAGUCGAAGAUCCAGGUGAGCAAAGUGUGAAUCUCCUGGGCCAUCCCAGCAAUCGCAUCGAGAGGGUGCCUCCUCACAGUAUUUGCAUGCCGCUUAGCCCAGUGCUUUGGAAUGUUGCUUGUGACUCAGACCCAGUGGAUGAUGAGCUUAUCCCAUUGCCUGCUGAAGGCUCAACAGUUCAGAAUUUCUUUCUAUGUUUGGCCACAUGUCAUGAAGCUGUGCCCGAAAGGAAGGGAAGCACUGGACAAAACGCGGCGAGAACAACAAAUACAAUUGUUGAUAUUCAGUAUGACUUAGAUUAUGCAUUGCAACAUGAUCCUGGGAUGGUCAAUUUGCACCUGGAAAGUGACAUACAACAACGACAACGGCUGGUGGAGGAAGCUCAAAAUACGGUUUUUCGGAGUCCAUCUCCUGACGAGGAGGCUUUGCUGGCAAUGGCUCGUGAUUUUGGCUUCUUCUUUCAAAAAAAGGAGGGAAAUCAGAUCACCAUCAACGUUCGAGGCGAGGAGAUCGUUUUUACGGUGCUCUUGGUGAACGAGUUCUCCUCGGAACGGAAGCGAAUGUCUGUGCUGGUGCAUCGAGCGAAUGAGUCCUAUGAUCCCGAUCUGUUGGCCAAGCCGGCAGCGGCGCUGUCCUCCAUGGAGGGUUUGCAGUUGGAAGCGGGACAAUUUCUGCUCUUUGCGAAGGGCGCCGACAGCGUGAUGAUGGAACGUAUAACGUCUGGAAGAGGUGGAGGGCAGCGUCUGCCUUCAGAGAAUGACUUUGUCCCAGACAAACGGGGCCUUGGAGCAAGCGACGGACAGCAGUCUUCGGGGCUGCUGAAUUUCCGAGGUGGGCCAGGAGAGAUGCCCAAACCCGUGCCAGUUGCACCUAAAGAGCCAGCUCCUUUGCUGCAACUGCCAGACCUUGCGGCGGCACAUGCUACCGUGAAAAGCAGGAGCCUCAGCAUUUUCUCCAGCGAAAAUUCAGCCAGCCAUGCUGGAAUGGUGAGUUGGACUGGAAAGGCUUUCAUGGGUCACAGUGAGAGUAUAGCUUCCAUGCCAGCAGUGGUGGAACUCAAGCAGCAGAAGAAGCUCAAGUUUGCUCGUGACCAUUUGCGUCAUUUCUCCCAUCAUGGUUUGCGGACCCUGGUUUGCGGAUACAGAGAGUUGUCAGACACAGAGGCCAGACGUUUCGUAAAGGAACAUGGGAUUGCAAAAACAUCUUUGUUCAAUCGCGAGGAGAAGGUGUCCCAGGUGGUUGAUGAGAUGGAAAGAGGCUUCUCCCUGCUUGGAGUCACUGCUGUCGAGGACAAGAUUCAGGUCGGCGUUCCAGAGACUGUGAAAAUGCUACUUGACGGGGGGAUCCGAGUGUGGAUGCUCACAGGUGACAGCGUAGAAACGGCUGUGAACAUUGCUGGGGUCUGCCGGCUGGUUCCGCCGCAGUGCAAGCUCUUCUACUUAACAUUUGAAGCUGACAAGACCAAGGAUGACCCAAAGGAUGAACUUGCAGGAAAGCUGAGGAAAAUCCUUGACACAAUCACAGAGUCAGAAGCCGACGGGUCAAAAGGACUCACCUUCAGCUUGGUGAUCAAUGGAACAGCCCUGUACGCCAUUUUGGAUGAAGGAAGUGCCAGCACCGCUUCUAUGAAGCGCUUGUUCGCCACCGUAGCCUGCAAUUCUUGCUCAGUGAUUGCUUGUAGACUUGCACCAGCACAGAAGGCAGCUUUGGUGGAGCUUCUUCAAAAGGGUAUUCCAGGCAACCCUUUAACUCUGGCAGUGGGUGAUGGCGGCAACGACGUCAGCAUGAUCCAAAAAGCCCAUGUGGGCGUUGGAAUCUACGGGGCCGAGGGCCGGGAAGCCGUGAACGCCUCGGACUUUGCCAUCGGACAAUUCCGCUUUCUCAGGUCUCUUCUGUUCCUGCAUGGCCGUUCGAACAUUCGCCGCAUCGGCAUUGUGAUUGGCUACUCCUUUUACAAGAACUUUUUGCUGGUGAUUUGUAUGGCUUGUUACGCGCCCUGGAAUGGUUUGAGCGGCACAACCUUCUAUGACUCCUACCUGAUCAUGAUGUACAACAUGGUCUUCACGAGCAUUCCAAUUUUCAUCGUGGGGAGCUUGGACGUGGACAUCUAUGCUCCAGGUGCUUUUGCUUUGCCCAAGCUUUACUUAUUUGGAGUGAACAAGGUUUACUUUAACUAUCGCAUGUUGGUUGCCUGGCUUUUCCGGGGAAUUGUGCAUGCUCUCGUGAAUUUCUGUGCGGCUGUGUUCCUCUUGGGCGGUUUGCUUGGUAAUGGUGACCACUUCCCGGACUACCUGUCACUGGGCACCUGGUCCUAUUGGAGCUGUGUUGUGGUGGCCAACUCUACCCUGUUGUUGCAUUCGCAGGUAUGGAUGGACUGGCAGAUCUUCAUUGCAAUGUUAUCAGUGAUGCUCUUUCCGCCGAUCCUCUUCAUCUAUUCCUCUCCUGCUGCAUCCAACUUGUUCAAUCCUUCUUUCCAUGAUGUUGCGUUCAACCUUUUCCAGUCUCUUCCAGGAUGGCUUUGUUUGGUGCUGGUGCUAGCACUCUCUGUUCUUGUGGAGCUGGCGAUGGAUUCUUGGCGCCGUGUCAAGCGACCAGACAUGAUAACACGAGUUCAGGAAGUGCAGGGCAAAAAGAGCGACAAGGUCAAAAAGAUCGCACCACAGCAGCCAAGCGCUUCCAAGACGGCGGGACCCAUCGACUCGCUCGGUCUGCAAACUGAGCCGGAUAAAACGAUCCCAAGCAACCUGGGAAGCAGCCCAAGUUUUUUUUCUGCCCCAGCCAUUGCGCCCAUGACAAUCAAAAGCCCUGUGAGCCCCUCCACUCUCAGUCCCUCCGCUGCUGUGCUCAACCCUUUCAGCACAAAUCAGUUCACGCGAACAGGCUUGGACAUGGUGCAAAAGAUUGAGCGCUUGCAACAGUUGUACCCUGCAACAUUGGUCAGUUCCCUUCCAUGGUCCUAUAAGCAGGACAGCUAUGACGUCGAAGAAUAUCGAGCUGAGGCCGCCUUACUGCGAGCUCAUGCCGGAAAUGCUUGGCACCCACCGGUGAAGCAGCCGGGCCUGCGACUGCUUUAUGAAGCACUGUGGUGGCUGCAGGGUGAGGGCCCGGCGGACGGAGCAGGGGCACUUCAGACUCUGAAGGAUUUGAGCUACGGCCGCCUGAGCUUGGCAGCCAGGUGGCGGGCGCGUCUGAAUCAUUUGCAGUGGUGCCAAAUUGUCCUUAUGUUUGACGAUCUGGACAAGGAGACCCCUGUGGAAGCGGCCAAAUCCCAGGCUUCCGAUGAUGUGGCAAGCAAGUUAUCUAAGAAAACUGGGAUGCAGAAAGAGCUGCUGCAUCUUGAUCACUUGGCUUCGCUGACCCGGGAACAGUCCUUUCGGCUGUCCACCUGGGGGCCCAAAGAGGCGCCCACCCGGGCGUCCAACACCCGGCGCUACACCACAGACUUUGAGUACAAUAUCAUCAACCUGCAGUUCCGCUCAAACUUCCAUGAGGAGGCAUUUCGGAGAUACUUUGACGAAGGAAGCAGGAAACACUUCUUUGUCUCUGUCCGAGCGGUCACGUGGGUCAUUGUGGUGGGUUUCCAAGUGGCGAAACUGGUAGCACUGGUGGCAACACCGCUCAGAGAAGGGAAAGAACCAGGGGAGAAAACACAGGAAAUUCUUCAAACUUGCUUGGUCAUUGUUGCCUCCAUUGUUGGCUAUCAAAUUGUGCUCCUGCCUUUGCGUAUCGAGGGCUUCAAGGCAGUGCAACCAUAUGUAGCCACCGCAGCUUGCAUCCUGAUUUUGGGGAAGCACGUCUAUGAAACCAUCACCCGUCUCCAUGGUGAAGUCUCGGAUGCAAUCAUGCCUCUUUUCUUAGUUGCUGGGGUGCGGAUGAGAUUUCCCGCGAUGAUUUUGGUGCUGUGUUUGCACAUGCUGGUCCUCUUGGUCUACAACACCUUCCUUUUGAGUGAAGACAGUUGCGUAACUGGCUCUGGAGAAGCAAAGGUCUCAGUUUGCGAUAGUAACAAUAUCCUCCGGGGUGAGUACAGCGUGAUCCAAUUCAAUGUAGUGCUCAUUGUGGUUGUCUAUACCUAUGUCUCGGAACGCUUCGCCCGCUUCAACUUUGCUUGGGGUGACAUGAUCAGCUCAGCUCGCAGCUCGGAUCGAGAUAUCCUCAAAGGGAUGUAUCCGGAAGAUGUGGUCGAAGCAGUCCGGACUAGUUUCCUGAAGAAUCAGGGUGCCGCUGAAGCGAACACUUCAGUGUCUUCCACUGAAACCAUUUUUCAAGAUCGGGGCAUCGUGACUGUGGUCUUCAUCGACAUCUAUGACUUCGGAAAGGUGGUUGCAGGUUUACAUCCCUGUGACCUUGUGAUGAUGCUGGACCGGGUCUUUUCCUUGAUGGACAAGGUUUGUCAGGAGCACGGAGUGGUGAAGAUCGAGACAGUCGGCAAAACCUUCAUGUUCGCAGGCCUUGGGGAGGAAGGAUGCAAAGAAGCGGCCCUACAGGUCCAAGCGGUCAAGUGUUUAGAGACUGCUUGGGCCAUUUUGCAGCAAUUCACCAGGUCUAGUUUGGGACUGGAUGGAAGAUUGCACAUUGAAAAGCUUCAUUUGAAGAUUGGCAUCAACACAGGGAAUGUGAUCAGUGGAGUAGUAGGCUCCCAAAAGCCGCAGUUUGCCCUCUUUGGAGACACGAUCAACACAGCUUCAAGGAUGAUGAGUACUGGAGAGGUAGACCGAAUCCACGUGUCCAGCGAAACUUACGAGUUGGUUCGCCAUCAACGCUCCUUCUAUUGGCACCAGCAGGAGAUUUUUGCCAAAGGCAAAGGCAUGAUGACAACUUAUCUGCUUGAGAAAGGAACCCCAACCAUGGCUGAAACUUUGGCCGUCCCCAGGCAGUUGGAUGCUGGGGAUGGAUCUCAGGAUGCUGAUGGCAAUCCUCAGACGAAAAAGCACUUUGGCUUCAGCCUGGGCUGCCCAUCUUGGCCAACGAAGAGCCGCGAAAUGCUGCGGACUCACUGGAGCUUUUGCUGCAAGGUCUAUGCGCGCGAUUCCAGGAAGACAUCGAAUGGAAAAGGUUUAUUUGCAUCUUUGUUGCUCUUUUGGGUCUGCUUUUGCAUGCAGUCGUGUUUCAUUAUCACCGGAGCAACUGGCUUGGCAGCUGAUGAUUUGGAUCUCGUGCUCCAGCUGCGCGGAGGGUUUGCCCUAGCAAGCGCCAUCUUGCUGCUUGGUGGCUUAGUCCUCUUUCGGCACAGGGCCCAAACAACUUCGGACACGGAGCCCGUGAGGUACCUGGACAGUGUUCGUCCCCAUGGAUCGGAUGAUUCUGGCGUUGCUGCCCGUGAAUCCGAUGGGUCAGCUGUCACAUUGUCCAGGGACAGCGAGGGUGAGCAGCGCGACCAGGAUUUGACCGAGGCACCCGAGGCGAAUACUGGCGCCACAGAUGAGAUCCAAAGUGUUCGAGAUGCGGGUGGCGAUGGUCUGCGUUGGCUGUCCCAGUUUCUGUACACGGGGUUUCCGGUGUGCUUGGUGUUGGCGGGCUAUGUCACCGCGUUGGUGUCCAACAUUCAGGGCAUUGCUGGAGGCGAAGCUCCCAAAAUCGCAUAUUGGCUCUACUAUGAGUCCAUCUUCUAUUCCAGUGCGCUCAUGUAUUUGAAUGCCUUCCGAGUGUCCUUGGCAUCGCUGAUUUGCAGUGUCUUCAUGCUAUUUCCGGCGACCAUUGGUGGGAUAAGAGCUGACUGGCCUGGGGGUGCUAUCUAUCCCUUGACUGUCUUGAUCUUACACCUGAAGGUAGUGACGGAUUUGAAGCGCUAUCAGCUGCAGGGCUUAGAGGAUUUGAAGAUGGUCGAGAAGGAGCAUGCCGAGUGUGAAUCCUUGCUGAACAGUUUGUUGCCAAAGGAAGUGCUUCUCAGCAUGCAAUCGAACACCUUGGAGUUAGCCUACACCUACCGCAAUAUGUCCAUGCUCUUUGCGGAUAUCGUGGGCUUCACCGGCUACUGCAAUAAACACAAGGACAACCCAAGUGAUGCAGUAAGGUUGGUGACGCACUUGUUUGCAAGCUUUGAUGAUUGCUGCAAGCUUUUGGGUGCCUAUAAGGUGUGCACCAUUGGUGAUGCGUACCUUGCAGUCAAUGAGCCCAAGACACAACACGACGAGAGUGUUACGGGUGCUUUGGUCUUGCUUCACUUGGCAAUGGCAAUGCUUCGCAUCAUUGUCAAGGUGCGAGACGAGGUGCAGCAUGAAGGACUCAACAUGCGCAUCGGCCUCCACCAUGGAGAAUUUGUGGCCGGAGUCAUUGGGAGCAACCAGCUGCGCUUCGACAUUUGGGGUGAGGAUGUUUUGAUGGGCAAUCAAAUGGAAUCAGAUGGUGAGCCUGGCCGGAUUUGCUGCAGCGCGACCUUUGUGGAAGUCCUAAAAGACUUCAAAGACUUUUCCUUCUCAUCACAUGAUCCGCCUCGAGUGAUCAAAUGUGCUGGGUCAAAUCGCACCUUGGAGAGUUUCUUGCUCGAUGCACCGCACGGCACUGGUCAGGGACGAAUCGAGUCCCCGCGAAGUGCCCAAAGGGGCAAAUCCUUUCGGCAAGUAUCUCCUAGAACACCAAGGAGGGGUACUAGUUCUUGAUGAUUCACAUCUGACAUAUCUGACAUUUGGGUCUGAAAAUCAGGGACCCCAAAGUGGC